AUGAUAUUUGAUUCCAUAUGCUUAAAAGGUAAAUACCAACUAUUCUAUAUCUAUGCCCUUGUUGGCCGUCGAUGA